AUGGCUCGAGCUCGUAUAAACAUUAUGGACGACCUUGACGCGCCAAAAGAUGUGAAGUUGACACAAAACUUGGUUGUCAUGUUCCAAUUGGAUGUCGCACCCGAGAUGGUUACGCUCAGAUAUGGACAAAGAGCAAUGGCAAAGCGAAAAAAGGCCUCACUGGCAGGAAAGCUUCGAGAGCGUACCUACUUCACAUCGUCGCCUACGCGCAACUUCACAAGCGAAACCCAAAUGAUCACGUGUCACACCUAUGUGACAAUCCCGCUUGUUUCAAUCCUACACAUCUGGUCGAUUAAACGGCAAGCAACAAUAAUAGUCGGAAAGGCUGCCCAGGUCCAAUCUAUUGCUCUGACCACGGUUAUUUGA